AAAUGCUUUAGUUUCGACCCCACCGCUAUUAGGAAGCGAAAACAACAUCUUAAACAAUUUAACACCAAGGAGAAACUUGAGGAACUUACGAAGUGAGUCUUAUAUAGAUAAUUUAUCGGUAAAUACAUCAAAGACGUUGUUAAAAUGCAAUAAAAUCCGUUCGAAUUCGAGCACUUCCAAGUUAAGAUCACCGGGAAUUGAAAAAACCCCAAUAACCGUCGACGUAGCCACCCAAACGGUUCGAUUUGAACCAAUCAAAAUCAAAGAAGAUAAAAUCAAAAAAGAAGAAACCCUUUAUUUAGGAAACUGUAUAAAUAUAUUCGAAACGCCCAAGAUCUCCCAACACACCGAAUCGAAUCGAAAACGAUUCAACAUCGAAGAAUUAGAUUUGAAACGAUUAAAUUUGAAUAAAUUUCGUUGUAACAAAUUGAAAAAUUUGAGCGAAAUUUUAUUCUCGCCGAAUAACAGUGAGGGUGAAAUAUCGUUUCAGAAUUUGAUUGGAAAAGAGGACGUUUCGACGCCGAUUAUAAAUAAUUCCGAUUUGAACGAUCGGAUUAGGAGGAUUAAGAACUUGGAUGGUUGUGUUAAAGAAAAGGUGAAGAUUAAAAAGUUUGAUUCGUCGUCGUUGGUUACGAAAAAAAAGUACAAAAACGUUUCGCCUAAACUGAAAAAAUUGGAUAACGAUUCAAAGAGGAUCCCGAAGAGUUUUACGCCGCCGAGGAAACUGCAUUCGAAACAGAAUGAGAAUAUUUUGAACGUUUCCAAUGGAAAGUUGUUUAAGAAUAUUAAAAGGUUUCAUACUCGAUUCGUUUCGAGGUGGAUUGCGAAAAUCUCCGAGUUGUGUACUUGGUUAGGACUCAGUCUGAAAAAGACUUUGACAUAUCAAGAUAAAUUUAAGCCAAAAUCGAACUUAAAACCGAGUUGGUUUAGCGCCGAAAUAAAAAAUAACGUUGUUAUAACGAAGUGUAUCGACUGUGAAGAGCAAAAAACGAAGCUAUCGAUUCUCUCUACAAAAAUCGAAGUGUUAGAGCAAGAAUCAGCCCGAAAAAACGCAGAGAAUUCCGAAACCGUUGAAAAAUUAAACGGCGAAAUCGCCAAAAUCAAGAGCGAGUUAACCGAAAUUGAGAUGAUCAAGAAAAAAAUCGCCGAAUUAGAAGAGAAUUUGGCAAAGCGCAAAGUAACCCCGGAAGUUUGUGCUUUUAUCCCCCCGAUUCCGCCCCCUCCGCCUUGCGCGCCGCCUCCUCCACCUCCCCCACCCAUGAUGAAUCUUAACUUAGCUGUAGGUAAUAAAAAAAUUAGCGCCACGAAAAGAUUGGAGAAAAAAACGAACGAAAAUUCGAGACCUGUCAUUUCUUUGGAUGAUAUCUUAAAAGAGAAACCUUUAUCAGCGAGAAGACCCCAUCAACCAUUAAUAUCCGUCGAAAUGUUGAACCAAAUUAAAUUACGCCCCACCUCAAGACCCGAAACUCCCUCAAGUACUACAAGUUUAAAAGAAAAAACUCACGCCCUUUCAAUGCCUAACAGUCCCGGUACGAAUUUAUCGAAAAUUUUGAGUGCGGUGGACACAAAUGUGAGGCGAAUUAAAAGGUUAAAACGUUCGAACGGUUAUAGUUUAGACGACUUUUCUAGGAGGCGCGUCUUGAGACGUGAAUGGAGUGGUUCGGAUGAUACUUAG